AUGGACACGACACCGACUUCUCUUUGCGUCGUGGUGCAUAACAAGCAGCGGUACGCCAUCCCGGUGAACGCUGCCGGCAUCCAAGUCGGUCCCCCAGUGCUCUAUCCGAAUCCGAAUCGCCGCAAGAGAGGCGGCUACGGACCUGGCACCGUUGACGGGUCGUCACCGAGUCGGCCAUCGCUCUCCACGGUGUCGGAAAGCACAGAUGGCCGUGUCUCCUCCACUUCGGAGAGCACCAUCCUACAUAGGAGCAGCCGCUCUCGCAGCGACUGCUCCGUGUGCUUCACAGACGCACCGGCCGAAGACGUGAAUGACGGUGACUUUGUGCAGCUCUCGACGGCUGCGGCGCUGUGGCUGCAACUACCGCAGCCGUCGAUCCUGCGGAAGGGCAGCGGCCUUCUUCAUGCCUUGCCGCCGCUCUUCGACUUUGACUACAAGUCGCCGCACACCCCACGGCAGUCGCCGACGGAGCUGAUGCGAUAUCUACCAGCCUCUGCAGUCAGCUCCCAGAGCUAUGAGCAGGGCGCGGAGAGCGCCAAGCAGGAGCACUGCUGCACUUUCUGUCCUCGAGUGUCGUCUGCAGCGGCGGUGCCACACCGUCAUUUGCUGUCUUCGCCCGCUGCUCAUCGCUCACCGAGCAAUAACAGCGAUGUCGCCUUGCGCUUCGUGAUGCACAGGGACAUUGGGAAUACAGCGGCGGUGUCGCGGAUAGUGCAUCAGCUGCCGAUGCCCGAAGCCACGCACGUACGGCACUCGCUGGAUGGAAGUUCUGAGGCAACUGUCAAAGCAGCGCCGUCGCCCCCGAAGGACUCACCAGCUGUGAUGUCCAAGCGCACGGCAGUCGCUGCGCCCCGUCCGUCGCAGUCGUUAUCGUCAGCGUUGGGAACCCCGUCGCUGCAAACAGUGACGUCGGAUGGGCCCUAUGGCACCACGCACGCCUCUUACCAAGGCAUUACCCCAGCGUACCAGACUGACAAGGCCGAGGGGACGGCUUCACAGGGGAACGGCAGGGAUGAGACGACCCCUACCGCGCCGACGGCUCGAAAGCCGGUGAAACAUCCUCCCCGCAUCAAGGGCGAGAGCACCGCACCAAUCCCGCGCGCGCAAGCGGCUGUGGUGGAAGAUGAUAAGGCGAGCCGAAUCGCCUCGGACCUCACGCAAGGCUCGUAUAACAUCUACUGCAUGCCGUCACUGAACAGACUCACACCGACGCGCAGAGAGGACAACAGCUGCGACAUGAGCCUUCUGCCUAUGCACGAUACGGUGGCCGGCAAGGAGCCGAUCCACCGAGAGGCGCAGCCCUCUGAAAUGGAAUGUUUCAUAGACCAUUACUUCUACGGAGGACAGUCAUCGUCAGCUGCAGGUCAUGCGCGAUCUAUCAGCCCGUUGGGCAACUACGAAGAGGACAUGGAGAGCAGCGCCAUUUGGAAACCGCAGCCACCACCCAUAGGCGACAAGGCGACACCACAGUCGCAGCCGUCAACUGUUGUCCCGAGAGGCACACCAGAAAGUGUGCUGCCGUUGCCGAGGGACGCCGCGUAUGCAGACUACGAGUACGUGAACCCCUCCACCCCAAUCACUGUAAGCGUGCUUGCUGUGCCCUCACCCCUCUCCGUGGCGGGUUUCUCACGCACCUCACUCUACGGAGGUGAGCAUGCCGCGGCGCGCGAACCACCACCGCGCGAGGCUCACAAGUCGAUCAGGGAGAGGGGGGGGUAUGCCAUGCUUACUCUCCUGCAGCGCUUUGCCUCCACCAGACAUCCGAAGCAUACACCUGCUGUCGCGGCGGAAGCGUCUACCAUGAGCGCCGACUUCGAAAGCAACGAGCACAGAAAGCCGAUGGUCAGCGAGUCGCCAAGCUCGACUGAAGCACUGACGUCUUUGACGACCGCAUCAUCGACUGACGCAUCUUGCUCAGAGAAUGAGAGCCUCUGCUCGACCUCCGUGAGCGACUUCGAGGAGGAUGACGAGGACGCGGCCGAGAUGGUCAACUCUGUUGAAUCUCAAUCCUUCAGCAGUCCCGAGAAGAGUCCCUCGCCACCGCAGCCCUCGAAAGACGUCAAGAAUCGGCACCAGUGGCGAUGGUCGUCGAUUCGAGAGCGUCUGAUGCGGCCACUGAUACCGGUGCCGUCGGAUAUCGAAGAGCCGCGACUUCCGAGUUUGCAGAAGUGGUAUCGCUCCAACAUCAAGGCCAAAGUGAAAGAGGCUAUUCAGAGUGGUCGUGCAAGCGACUCGAGUGCCACGCUUGAUCCCUUGCACUUGCACCACCGGCCCAGGAAGACCGUAAAGUGA